CAAAUGUCAAUAACAAUAACUUUAUUUUCUCCUAUGUAAAUAUUUUAGGUUAUAGGUCUAUAGGAUCUGCUCUUUUCUCGUAUUAUGUAAAACCGGCGAAUUCGAGACAAAUAUCUAAGCUCAACGAAGAAAAAGUGAUAGAUAGUGCUAGAAUUUUAUGAUGGCUCUUUAUAAACAAUUUCAGCGUAAGGUCAUGUUUUGUCAGCGACAGUAUUCUAUGUUUAUCAAAACAUUUGAUACACAUUUACAUUUACAAAAGUAUCCGCAUGUAUUAAAAUUACAAGAACGCGCGCUUUUUUGGGAAGGUGACAGAAAAGGUGGCUAUAACACUAAGGAUAUGCUUGGUAAUUUAUCAUAUAUACAACAUAUAAAAAAUGGUUUUCAAGAAUUGAAAUGCGAGUUAAAAUUAUUUGCAAAAGAAGUUAAAGAAUAUAUUGCGACUGAUCCUCUAAUUUAUGCUAGGCCUGGUGAAACCGAUUUAAUUUGGUGUUUUGAUAAACCGGAAGUGCUCGACAAAUUUGUAACAACUUCCGAUAGCGACCAUAACGAAGGAUUCAGUACAUGCAAAUUGGAAAUGAGUCCCGCCGGUAGAGUAAAUUUUCACGGGUAUUUAGAUACAAGAAUUCCAAAAGAUGGUCGAGUCAAAAGAGCUGGUUAUUGUUCUAUACGAUCUAAAAGAAUAAGGAAAUCGUUUAAGCGAGAGUCUACAUUUGAUUGGAAUAUUUACAAUACAUUAGUUAUUAAAGUACGAGGAGAUGGUAGAUCAUAUUUAUUAAAUAUAUCAUGUGAGGGAUAUUACGAUAUAACUUGGAAUGAUAUUUAUCACUAUGUAUUGUACACUAGAGGUGGACCGUAUUGGCAAAUUGCUAAGAUUCCAUUUUCAAAGUUUGUGUUGGGGUCAAAAGGAAGGCUCCAAGAUAAACAAACAAGAAUGCGGCUUGAUAAGGUAACACACUUUGGAAUUGCAUGUGGCGAUAAAAUUGAUGGAGCAUUUAAUCUGGAAAUUGAGUACGUAGGUUUAGAGUACGACCCAACUCACGAAGAAGAAUUUGCAUAUGAAAUGUAUAAAACGGAAAAAUUUAUUGUAGGAGUGUAAAAUUUUGUGUUUAAGUCACUUAGUCUUAGCAAAUUAAUAAAAGUGUUGGAAAAA